AUUAUGCAUUGAAAUCACUUAAGGUAAUGAAUAUCAUCAAUUCUCUUGUACCAUUGUCAGAUGAGAAAUUUUCAUUAAAAAAGAUUCUCCUAUUCUAUUAGGUAAUUUAAAUAAUCAAAAAAGCUUUAGGAAAUCUCCUUCUUGAAUAUGAUAAUAUUGUUGCUAAAUAAGAAGUUGAAGAUAAACAACUAAUCUGAACAGUAAUCUUCCCCUAAUGGUACUUAUGGCACUUAAGUUGUUGAAAAGUUAGAGACUGGAGAACACGUAUCUAAAUUAAGAAAAAUGUUGAUGUUAAACUCUUUAAUUGCAUUUACUAUGAGUAAAGCCUUUUUGAAAUAAUUAUCUAAGAUUUAAGAAUUCAACAAGUGUAUUAAUUAGAUGCUUUUAAUCUUCUGCUCCUCCUGAGAUAUUAUCAAAAGAAUACAGUCAAAAUUGACCAAUAUACUUUAGAACUAUCACUUCAAGUAUUAGAAUUUGACAGGGAAUUCUAAGAUAAACUAAUAGAAUAAUACAAAAAUCUGAUGUUGUUCCUGAAUAAAAUAAACAAUUUGGAUCAGAAUUCCAAUAAGAUUCUCAAACAACCUAAUGAAUCAAUCAUUAUUGAUAAUUAAAAGGAAUGUCUCAAUUAAAUGAAAUUGAUCUAGAUGAUGACGAAACAUCUAUUGGAACCAAACAAGAAGAAAAUACUUAUGUAUCUAGAUUAGGAAAUAUAAUUUAAUUAACUGGCUAUUUUUAUCCCAUUUAUGCAGAAGCAUUUAUUAAAGUUCAUAAAAAUGAUAUAUAAUUUGAAGUUCUUAUGGUUUCAAAUUGUUAAGUGGAAAUUAGAACUCAAUGAGAAAGUAAAGUAAUUGAAAAAGCUUAGGGUGUUAUCUUAUAACCUAAUAAAUCAACUAGAAUUAGAACAAAAAUAAAGUUUUCAUCCUAAGACAUUGGAGCUGUCUAUGGAGCAAUUUAUUAUGAAAAAAAAUGAUGGAAUUGAAAAUGCUUAUUUAGAAACAAAGUUUUAAUAUUUAGAAAAACCAUUAAAACCCAGCCUAAAGGCAAUAUUAUAUGUAUUAAUAUUUAUGCUCAAAUCAAAUUUGGUAUUUAUAUAUCAUUUAUGUUUAGACUAUGACUUUUUAGUUAAUGCUAGUUUUGAGGUUGUUAAUAAUAAAUUUUAAAGAUUUAUGUGAAUCAGAAGUAAGGUUAAAGAAAAUUUUGUAAAUUUUUGAAAUAAUAUUAAAGUAUUCUCGACUAAGAUUAAUUGAAUUAAAUAUAUAUAAUGUUAUUUAUGAUUAAAUAAUAAUAAAAUCAGUCAUUAUAAUAAAAUUAAUAAAUGUCGAAACUUAAGAGAGGAUUAACAAAGGACUUUGAAAAGGAACAGGAAGAGCAGGCAUAAGCAAAGGAAGAAUUAUUUUAAGUAUAAGUGAAUGAUAUUGUAUAAAGCCUGUUGUCUAAAUUUAUCAAGAUUACCAAUAUUUAUCUGAAGAAUAAAUUGAUGUUAUUGCUAAAAUACUUCAGGUUAUUGAUUUUUUUAAGGAAAAUUGUCCUGACACAUAAACAUUAAUGGAAUUUACAAAAUUAUGUUGCCAAAAUUUAAUCUAUGAAUUCAUACCAAAAGAUUCUCCUGUUUUUCAUAUUGGUAGAUUUUGCUUUCAUAUGUAGAUGAUGCUGGUGAUAAAUUCUAUAUUGUUCUGAGUGGGAGGGCAGGAAUUUAUAUCAGAAGACAACCAGCAUCUAUCGAAGCUGAUGAAGCAGCUGCUCAACCAAGAAUAUUAAAAAUGCUUGAAAAAUUGCAUUUGGAAUCUAUUUAAUAAUUAUAAGGAGAGGAAUUGAUGAAAUUUUAUAGUUAAGUUAUUAAAAAGUAGGCUAAGCCAUAAAAAGUGAUUGAUUCAGAAUUAAUAUUAUUUCGAUCAGGAAAUUUUGAUAAAUAUUUCACAAAUCAAGGAAUUUGUAAAUUUAUGUUAGUAGCUUAAAAAUAAUCUGGUACUAUUUUUGGUGAAAUGGCAUUGACUAAUGAUAAACCUAGAACUGCUAGUAUUUUUGGUUUAACUGAUUUAAAAUUACUAUCUUUAUCAAAAGCUAAUUUUAAGGUAAAUAGAAUAAAUAUAUAUAGUAAGUGGGAGAAAAAGGAAUGAAAGCAUUAUAAUAAAAGAUAGACUAUUUUUUAAAAAUGUUUCCACAUAUGACGAAACAUAAAAUGUCAAAACUUAUUUUGUAUUUUACAUCUGCCAAAUUUCCAGCUAACUUUUUCAUUUGGAAAUAAGGAGAUGAAACUGAUGGAUUCUUAUUAUUAAAAGAUGGAGAAAUGUAAUUAUUAUAAAAUGUUGAAUUUCCAAAACCACCUAGUUAGAAUAAUGUAGAUUUUACAUUAAUGUCUUUAUUUUAAAAUUCUAAAUAGGAAGUUAAAGAUAUAAAAGAAACUAUAAUUUUAGCCAAUUUAACAGGAGGAUGUUUUGUUGGAGAAACAGAAGUUGUCUAAAAAAAAGAAAAAAGAGAUUAUUCUGUAAAAACAUUAACUAUUUCUAAUUGUUAUUGUCUUUCUUUAGAAGUAAAAUAUUAUAGUAAUUAUUUUGAGAAUUAUCAUAUUGUGAGGAAAACAUUUCCUGAAUUCUUUUAAGCUUUAAAUUCUCUUCAAUAAAGAAAUAGUUCUCUUUUUAGAAAAAGAAUUGAGGAUAUUGUAAAAACUAAGAGUAGUAACUUCUAUCUUACAAAAAAGGAAGAAGCAUUAGCAGUUGAAAGAAGAUAUGCAAAUGAAUUUGGUAAAGAUGAAGCUAAACCAUUUUUAUCAUCUCCUAUCCUUCGAUCUACAUUUUAAUCAAAACUCUCUAAAUAAUAGAUGGUUGAAUAAAAUAAAUCAAUUAUUGAUUAACAUACUAAAUUAGAUGAAUAAUUUGGUGAAAAAUAAGAAGAAUUUAAUAUGCUCAAAUUAGCAGGAGAUAAUUUUUAAAAAUGUCUUUUGAUAAGAGUUGAAAAGUAAUUUGAAUAAUUUUAGCCAGCAAAACCAAAGUAAAUUAUAUUUUUUAAUACAUCUAGAGCAAAAACUCCACAUUUUAGUAAAUAGAAUAGCACUGUCAAAGAUAUCCUAUAAUCGGUUCGUCGAAGAUAAUUUCCUUCUUUUGCUACAAAUAGAGAUUAAUUAUCUUAUAGGUAGUCAAAUGAAGAAGAUUCUUAACAAUUGCCUUAAAUAAAAGUAGCUAAAUAGCAUAUAAGAGUUGUGAAUCCAAAUAUUUCAUCUAAAGUAGAUAUCAUAAAAUCAAAUUAUUAAUCAUUUAUGAAAUCUAAAUCUAUGAGUUCUAGAUUAGAUAGAUUAUCAGAAAAUUAAAUGUAAGGAUUUAUGUUGACAGAUUCUAUUAAUACUUAUCAUCCUUUACAUAGUUUUUAGAAUAAAGAUGAUUAAACUAAGCAUAAGAAAAGAAUUAAAACAUAAUCUAAAGUUGAAUCUGAUUAUUAAAAAUCAAUAUUAUGA